UGGUACGGUUUUGGGCCAUAUCUCGCCGUUGUUCCGUUUUCGGUGCGGGACACUACAGAGUGCUCUGUGUGUAGGGCUUAUUUUGAAGGAUAUUUCGUACCGUUUGGGGGAAAAAGGCACCCCGCCCCCUUGAAUCAAGCGACGGACGGGGGAAGAAUAUAUUCCUUGGGCGAUCCCGAAGUGUUUGUGUGCGCCCAUGGGACUGGUACAGUGGAUGUUUGCGAACCGACUAGUGGCUGGUCUGCUCGGUUGAGAGCAGAAUAAUUUAAUUAUUCAAAGGCGCGCGUGUGUGAUUCGAUUAUAGAGUAGUGUGCUUUCACCCACAUGGUGCGGUGUGGAAGCGAUGUAAACAGGGCGAUGAUGAUGUGAGAAGAAGCUGCGCUGGAAAAGGGGGAAUAGGAAUGUGAAAAAUCACACCCUCUCGGGAGGGGGAGAGCUAGAGAGAGAGGCUGCGAACGAGCGUGCAAGCAAGGAACUUGGUCGUUUUGGGAAACUCGAUAAGAACGGUGAGGACAAAAGCGAAAUCAACGAUAAUCAAAGUGUAUGUAGGUUCGACCUUGGGGAGCAACUUGGUGGAAAAUUCGGUGAACGAGGAAGCUAUAAACGACACUCCUGGAUUCGGUGUUGAAAGCUGGGUGUGAUGUUAUGUAAACAAGUGAUUGAAUAAGAGAAGAAGCUUCUCGUUUUGGGGGGUGGAGCCGAGUGCCAGCGCUUAUGUGUUUUCAAGUUAUCGCUAGGCCCUUUAUGCUGUCAGAGCAAGUAGCGAAUUCGAGUGUUAGACUUAGCUCUUCAACAGAGCGCCAAGGUCAACGGAGGAAGCCGGACAAACAAUUCUUUGAAGUUUCAUGUCCCAGCUGGUAACAACAGUCUACCACGUUUGCUCUCGUUCACGGGACGUUGACGCCGACAACGGUCGUACAUGAUAAGGGUGAAAUUAAAUAACAACAUCCAACAACGAUACCCACAGCUCUCCUGCCGAGAGCGCUUGGGAAACAAUCCAGUUAGACUAACCUUUUCUAACUUUUUUUUUUUGCCGGAAACAUUUGAGACAUCAUUUUUUCCCAUGCGUCUUUCAUUGUUAUUGUAAUCCGAUACGGGGAAGAGCACACCAAAAAAAUAACUCCAACAUCGACUGGAGACAACGCUACCUGGAUACCCCGCGUUCCAAAUAGAAACAAAUGUAACAGUGUACGAAACCAACGAAGAAAACAGACAAACUAGAAGACACAUUCGUUAGUGAAAACCCAUUUCUACCAUCAUUUCACAUUAUCGGGGCCAUGGUGCUGAGCCUAAAUCGAAAUUGAAGCGUGGGUGAAUUUGCUAAGUGUUUUGAGAAAUCACUACCUUAUCGGAGGAAACACUUCUGCGAAGAAAGAGUGUGAAAUAUCCUCCAAAACCUUUUUCCCAGUUGUUCCAGAAAUCGUCCUGAAGAAAAGAAAAAAAAAACCCGUCACCGGCGGUGAUGUGAAAAUAUCGUAACGAAUUCGAUUUAAGAAUCAACAAAAGAAAAAAGAAUUGCGUUUGUGAGUGAAAAUCAGUGCUUAAAUAAGUGAAAAAGAAGCAACCAACAGACAAAGGAAUUUGUAACUUCUUGAUUGGGUGGGUGAACGACGGUGGCUGUUGUCAAAAGAAGAGAAAUCUAAUCUGGCGAAAGAAUUUUGAAUUCGUCGUGACUUGGAUCCACGCACACAGCUGGGUGCUACAACUCAAGGAGCCGGUGCCAAUUUAGUAUUGGCAACGUGAAAGUACGAAUUUUAAAACGAAACGUACGGUGAAGCGUCCUGUGAGCCAGGGAAUCGGUCCCUGCGGAUUGUUAUUCGUUUCAUAUUCGUUCGCGGGAAAUGAUGAUGUGAUUUGGUUGAAUCCUUUGUGCCGGCAAGAAUGCGCCAAUAGAGGAUAACAUAGUUAGUUUCAGCAGAUUGGGGAUUUUUGCUACGACUCGGUCGGAUUCAACGGCACGUUGAAGCCCCGUGUGACGAUACUACCCAAACCGGUGGCACCCAGACCGAGACGCUACCGACCGAACAACAGCCAAACUGUCGAUGCGUAAAGCCACCCACAUUUAACGCCAUCCCGGAUCACCAGUCGGAGAGGGAUGGAAUCUGCAGAUUUGCAGAUUGACCAAACAUCCCCGACUAAUAAUCUCGUGAAGUUACCACCGCCGGAACCACUGCUAACAAUAUCCGCUCAAAUUUGCCGGAAUGACGGUCGUUCAUCCAGCCGGAUCACUCUGGGGCCACUAGAUCACCGGAUGUUUGGGUCUACGCGUCGGUUGACGUCGUCGUCGUCGUUUUCUGUAUUAAAUUGAUCCUUUCUGUCCCAUCCGUCGCCACUGACUGACUGUGUUUGGAAACGAAACGAUGACGAUAGAUAUCGUUAAGUGGUGCGCGAGUGAGUGAGUGUGCGUGUCAAAGAAGAUAAGAGGUUCUUCUUCUUCUGCUUGAACUGACAAACAGAAAAAGCCAAGCAAAUUGAAUUCAAGCCGGCCAAAGCCAGCAGCUAAAGUGCACGCCGCAUAACCGACGACGAGGAGGGACCGCCAUUAUCAUCAUUGGCAAUCCCGCAAAUCCCCCUGAAACCAAUGCUUUGGAGCAGCAACCGACGGAGACGGAGAGUGGAGGCUCCUUGCGGGCUGGUCCAUCUGACGAAAUGGUGCACGACGCUGUUUAUCAUUUUGGAAUCUACGAGCGCUGGAAGUGGACUGAUGGUAUCAACGACGCCAGCAACAUUGAACAUCAGCACCACAGCCAGUGGUACCAGCAGCAGUUCCAUCGCUUCAUUCAGCACAAACCCUUUUUAUACCGAAAGACCCACCACCGGCACCAGUACAAUUUCCACCGAAGGUGUCCACUCCCAGCAGCAGGACCAAGCUCCAAGGUUCGAGGCGCUAGUCCAACCGGCACCAGCGUCACUGCGGGGCCACGAUGAUGGCACCGUGCCAGAUUCGUCCGAUACCACUGUUACGGAUCCUUUGCUGCUGCUGGGAGGAUUCCGGUUUCCCGAGCAACUGCUCCCCGAACCGCUGGUUAGCAGUGACAGUGGCAAGGCAGGUGUUAAUCCUAUCAGUAAAGGUGAAAAUGUACUGUUACGAACUAGCCCACUGGUGGCCGACGUCGUCAGUCCACGGGAAAUAUCCCAUGUGUCCCUCAUGGGAUCAAAAUCCAAUCUAGUUAAUUUAGGUGUAAGCAGCAGCAGUGGUAGCAGUAGUAAGAUUAAAAGUGCUAAUUUAAGUGUAGGUGAUAAGGUCAGCGUCGAAAAGUCCCCCACUGGCCGGGCAAAUAGUGUGAGAAGUAGCGGCGGCAGUGGAAAGGCUGUCCCCAAGGGCACCUCAUUGGAAACGGAGUCCCCGGCAAAUCGGGUCGAAGGUGAAUUCCGCGAAGUCGAUGGCAACUUUAGUAAGAUGUUCUUCGAAACGGACAACCUUACGACGAUAUCGUCCCAGGUGGGAUCCAUUGCCGUGCUGCCGUGCGUGGUGCGGAACAUCGGCAAAGGGGUGGUAUCGUGGAUCCAACGGAAGGACUACCACUUGAUGACGAUCGGCGUGACAACGUACAGCAGUGACGAACGCUUCAACAUCAUCCGCUCCGAGGAUUCCGAGGAAUGGCCCCUCCAGAUCAAAUACGUACAACUAAGGGAUGCCGGUCUGUACGAGUGCCAGGUGUCGACGCAUCCUCCAACGUCAAUAUUUGUCCAGCUAGAUGUUGUCGAGGCCAAGGCAGAGAUUUUCGGCCCAUCGGAUAAGUAUCUCAAGCCGGGAUCGACGCUGCGGCUCACCUGCAGGGUGGUCCAAAGCAACGAGCAACCGCUGUACAUUUUCUGGUACCACAACAAUCGUAUGAUCAACUACGAUGUCCAUCUGGGCGUGAAUGUGUCCACCGAAUCCGAUAAUCGCUUCUCGGAACUGGUGAUUACGCACUCCAAUACGAUCAACUCUGGAAACUACUCAUGCGUGUCGAACAAUGCAGUGGCAGCAUCAACUUAUGUGCACAUUUUGAACGGUGAAAAUCCUGCGGCGAUGCAGCACGGCGAUCACGGCAACGGUGUCCUGGUGGGGACACAUCUCCAUCUGCUGCUGACGGUUGUAACAUAUCAGAUCAUCAACUUGUUAUUGUGUGCACAUUGAAAAAUAUAGAAACCCCUUCCGAGCUAUCACGUUACGGCGGUGGUGGGAGUGGUGGAGUGUAAACAACAAAUUAUAAAUAUUUAACGAAAAGGAGCCAUGAUGGCUGGAGGCUGCG